UAGCAGCAGCAGCGACAACCAAACCACGCACGCACGCACGCAGACGGCUAUGGCCGGCCGCUUGAAAGCGUGGUUCUGGAGCGAGAGCUUCUGGCUGCCGCACAACGUGAGCUGGGAGAACCUUCGCAACAGCGAGGCGGCCACCUUCCCGCAGGCGAGCGACCUUUACCUGGCGUUCCCCCUGGCGCUGGCUAUUUUCGUGGUCCGACAGCUGUUUGAGAGGUUCGUUGCGAAGCCGUUUGCGAUCUACUUGAAUAUCCAAGCACGCAGGUUCACGACGGCUGUUCCACACGCAGCUUUAGAGAACAUUUUCAAGACCGUGACCAAGCACCCCGAUUCUGCACGUAUCAAGGGUUAUUCAAAACAGCUUGACCUGGAUGUGCGCACUAUUCAGCACUGGUUUCGACAGAGACGGAACCAGGAAAAGCCAAGUCUCGUCACAAAAUUCAGUGAAAGCUUGUGGAGGUUCUGCUUUUACUUUGGAAUAUUCUGUUUUGGUCUUCAGUACCUUUGGAAGACUCCAUGGCUGUGGGACACAAAACACUGUUGGUAUAACUACCCUUACCAGCCGCUGACUGCAGGGCUGUUCUGGUACUACAUCGUGGAGCUUGCCUUUUACUGGUCACUCAUGUUCUCCCAGUUUGUGGACAUUAAGAGGAAGGACUUUGUCAUCAUGCUGGUGCAUCACCUGGCCACCGUGUCUCUUGUGUCCUUCUCCUACGUCACCAACAUGGUGCGCGUCGGAACCCUCGUCCUGUGUCUGCACGACGCCGCCGACUUCCUUCUCGAGACAGCAAAAAUGGCCAACUAUGCCAAGUUUCAGAAACUCUGUGAUACGAUGUUUGCACUCUUUGGACUGGUAUUCAUCAGCACUCGGUUGGUCUUGUACCCUCUCUGGAUCUUGAACAGCACCAUGUUUGAAAGCUGGGAGAUUGUUGGCCCUUACCCAUCGUGGUGGGUGUUCAAUCCCCUUCUCCUCUUACUACAAGUGCUCCACGCCGUCUGGUCCUACCUCAUCUUCUGCAUUGCCUUCAAGGCAUUUGCUAAAGGAAAGGUUUCCAAAGAUGAACGCAGCGACGUCGAGAGCAGUUCUGAAGAUGAAAUAAGUGAACAGGAAGAGCUGUGCAAGAAAGCGCCUUACAAUACAAAAACCACUAAUGGACACUUGAAAAAUUAAAAGCUAUACCAUUUGAACAAAACCAGAGAGAAGAUGCAACUUCCAGAUAACCCCUGCAAUAUUCUACACUUAAAAAUGGUUUAAUGUAGUAUAUAUUAAUUCGCACUGCACUUCUUUUUAAAGGCUGUUCAGAUUGGACAUCCAAGUUUGUUUUACCUCGUGCUUUAACUUUUAAUUCUCUAGCGUGCUGGCCUUUCUGCUUUACAAUAACAUUGUGACAACCAAGGUCAAAUGUUUUAUUUAUAUUUAGUUGUUUUCAUUUUCUGAAGAAUUUUACAUCUACAAAAUGUACAUUAAAAUUGUGUGGAGAAAUGGUGCUUGUAUUGGAAGCACAUUUUAAAGGUAUAAUAUUGCAGACCUUUAAGUAUCAGAUGUUGGUCACGAGUGUAAAAUAUGCCAACUUGGGAUAUAAAUCAACUUUUCAUAAAAUUUAACCUGCAAAAGAUA